AUGAGCGCGCAAAGAGAAGACUCGAUUCCCCACGAGCUGCGCACGGCCGCUGAGCCCCGGCAGAACCGGUUGUAUCCGGUGCGGCUGUCGCAUGUCGAGCAGGUCAACCCCUCCGUGCGGCUGCUGCAGUUGGCGAUUCCGGAGAAUAACAGUGAUCAACAGUCAUUCGCCUUUCUGCCGGGACAAUGGCUUGAUGUGCAUAUACCCUCCAUCGCCCACGCGGGGGGGUUCACCAUCACUUCCACGCCAGCAGAUGCGCAAGUACUGCCGGCGCUCGAGGCCGCAGCAGAGUCUGCCCCGGGCGAGGAGACGUCGCCAUCAAUUGAAUCCCAAGGGCGACCACCCUACGUGGAAUUGGCCGUCCAAGAUUCCCCAGGCAACCCAUCCGCCGCAUGGUUCUGGAGGCCACAGCAAGAGAUCUUAGGCCAGGAACUAAACAUCCGAGUAGGUGGAAGCUUUAUCUGGCCGCCUACAGGACUCAACCUGGCCGAUAUCCAGAAUGUAGUCUUCAUUGCCGGCGGGCCCUCUCAUCUCCAUCCUCUCUCAUCUCAACAUUCAACCCACUCACCCCCUCAACAUCCAUUUCCUAUACUCCAGCCGCCUCCCCCAGGCCAUGACAAGAUAACCUCGCUCGAGACAACCCUCGACCAGAUCCUGUUUCUUCCCCGACUCCGCCAGAUCAUCCGCUCCCAGCUGCACUCGCACCGUCUCCGGAUUGCCUUGGAUCUCUUCCUGACCAACACGGACGCCUCGUCGCGUCUCAUCUCGACCGAGUCUCCCGCAGACUUGACGAUCCACCCGAAGAGAAUUACGGCGCAUGAUCUGCGCUCUGCGGUCGUGGGCGGGGACGGACAGGCAGAUCCGCGGGGCACGGUGUGCUAUGUAUGCGGACCACCGAGUAUGACGGAUGAAAUGGUCGAGUUGCUUAAUGAGAUUCUGGGAGAGGCGGCUGAGCAGCGGAUCUUUUUUGAGAAGUGGUGGUGA